AUGCCCUCAAAUCUUCCUCUUAACACUCAGAGUACGGUUGGGUUUAAUAACAGCCUGAAGACGGCAAGUUCUGACAUGAAGCUGGAAAACAACAAGUCAGUGAAUUUGGAGAUUGAAUCAGUCGGAGUAAGGCACAUGAAUGGGGGCUCAUCAAAGAUCCACAGACCGAGAUCCGAAGGAUGGAGGCCUUUAGCCGGGUCCCAAAAGCCAUGUAUUUCGAUCGAGAAAGCUGAUCACAGAUCGAGAAGUCUUGAAAAUGAAGCCGACCAUUAAACCGAUGAGACGUAGCAUAAUUCCUGCGAUCUUACUUCCAAGAGUCUUGAGCCCAUCUCCAACACUUUUGACAACAGACUUCAGGCUUCUUGUCAAUGUGCUCAAAAUCACUCCAAUCGUAGUUCCGACUGCGACUAAGUACAACAGCUGAGACUGUGAAACCGUAUAUCUUGAAAAUGUUUCUCACUCUCUCUCUCUCUUAGUGAAGUGCCUUCUUCAAGUUCUCUUUUAUUCUUAAGUGCAUCAAUCCGCUCUUGAUUUUCAGUUAUCUUUCUCUUGCUCUUUAUCUUAUAGCUUGGUCUUCACUUUCAUCAUUGGCAAUUCCCCGAUACUCCUGAAUAGACUUCUGCAGCUCAUCAAUUUCAAUCAAUCAAAACCUCUUACUCUGGGCCAAGUGAGGUGUUUAUUUGUUUUGGGAGUGAUGUAUUUAACCUUUGCUUAUUCAAACUCUUUUCUUCAGUAAACAAGGGAUAUGUCUUCUUGCCUUAGCCAAACAUCUUUGCUUGCAACCGAAGUGAUGACUCGCGAAUAAGAAGUAUCACCUUCAAUGAAAUAUGUUUCAGCAGUUUCCGAUGCUUUCUCUUGUCCCCUGGUCAUUGUCGUCAUUGGAAUGUCUUCACCUGAUAGCCCUGGAUUUGAAUUAAAGUCUGGUUUAAAAGGUGUUGUUGUAUUUCCUACAUCUUCAUUACCAUCAUUAUCAUCGUCAUCGUGUUCAAAAAGAGGAUCGGUAUCUCCAAAAUCAGCCAUUUUAAAUAAAAUAUCUAUUUUGAAAUGGAAGUCAGUGAAAAAACCAAACCAAAUUUUGAAAAAAAGACGUCAAAUGCCCUCAAGGCUGACUGCUUAGUUCACAGAGUAACAUUUAACCCUAAUAGGGCAUCUCCAGGUGAAGUCCCUAGAGUUCCAGUUCCAAAGCUUGAUGACGGAGCUGUCCUUGUGCUAGGAUCUCUUUAUCUCAUCUUUGACUUGGCAGUUUGUGGUCACGCAAACAAUUAUAUCGUGAACAAUGUCGCAAGGGCUCUUGUUGACGGGUUGACUGUGAAAUUCGUAGGAGAAAUUGUGUAGGACACUGAUGGUUAAGAUUUAUUCAAGCUCUAUGAGGACCUCUUCUUGACUGAGAAUGAAAGGGCGAGCAUGUUCAGAGAAGGUAUUCAAUCUGAAAAUCUUUCUGAGAUGGAAUUCUGGGGAUAA